UUCGAAUUGUUCUCAUUUCUUUGUGUAUUGAUUUUCUUCUCUCUCUCUCUCGUUUAUUCAACGAUUUAUUCAUUUUUCUCUCGUUUUAUUCAUUACAUUUUCAUUCGAAGAACGACUGGAAUUACCAGAUCGUAAGUCUUCCCUUGGUCUCUGUAUUACGGUAUUACCAUAGCAUAGAAGAAUAUAAUUUAGGCGGGAAAUUCAAAAUCUAGUAAAACUAAUUUCAAAAGUAAAACCGAAAGCAAUUUAUAGCUAAAUUAUCAGCGAGAGAGAGAGAGAGAGAGGAAGAAAGCUUAGGAGAUUUGGCAUGAGUCUGCGGCAAAAUCACAGAAUCUUGGCGUCGGAAUUCCAGGAAAAGCUCAACAUCCAAUGGGAGAACUUUACUGUAACAGCAGCAACUCAAAGAUCCCUCAACUCAGGAGCAGCCUAAACGGCAACGCAUCGAUGGACAACCUGUCGCUCCUGGGAAGAGGCCGCUACAGCUACUACCACGAGAACAUCGACCUCGGAGAGUCGCCGCUCCUCAGGUACCUUCGUGCCGGGUCUCCGGAGUCCCUCAAGUACGCGCCGCUCUCUCCGGUGGAGAACUUGGAGGUGGCGAGGUCGCCGAACGUUUACGCCACGCCGGUGAAGUUGGAGGAGGACGUACUGGUUAUGGAUGGAAUUUUGGUCGCCUCGGCAAUUCCGGCUGGAAGGUUCGCGAGGUCCGUCAUCGAUUCAGGAAGCUCCACUACGUCGUCUUCUUCUUCAUCGUCCGGUGGGAAGAGCCUGUACAAGAGCGACAUUUGCCGCUCCUGGGAGGAUUCUGGAAGCUGCCGUUACGGCUCCAAAUGCCAGUUUGCGCAUGGGAAGGAAGAGCUACGCCCAACUCGUUUCGCAGCUGCCAAGAACAAAACUGAGUUUGCGCAUGGAAAGGAAGAGCUACGCCCAACUCGUUUUCCAGCUGCCAAGAACAAAACUGAGACACACAAGUCGUACGGUAGUACAGGAUCAGGAACAUACGGGCUAAAGAGUCGCUUUGUUUGUGAGGUCGUGGCAGCAGCAGCAGGAGGAAGCGAAGCAGCGGCGGUGAUACCCACGAAAGCAGAAGGCACUAGCGGCUACUGGUGUCCCCUAGAUGAUGGCAUUGAGGUUGGGCUGCCACAUUCUUCAAGGAAAGAUGUUAAUACCUAUAUUGAGAGUGUUCUGUAUGGUCGUCGUCCUAGUUCAAAAAAGAGAUUGCCGGUGUUUGCUGAAAUUUGCUCGGACUCGGAGGAGUAAUUAAACUCGAUCAUUCGCAUAACAUUCGAUCUCCUGCGCGCUGUGGUCUCUCGGAACAAUCUAUACUCGAUCUAUAGUACUUUUGCUCUUCUAAUAUUUGGACUCUCAGUUCCUCUGGUACCAGGUAACGAGUGGGAUUAUUAGAAUAAUCAUCCUACAGUACUUUGUGUGUACGUGUCGCUUAAUUUGCUGAUGACACACACACAGUUACUAUACUAGUUCCUUUACAAACAAUUACACUUGG